AUGGAUCCAUUAUCUAUCGCAUCAGGCGCUGCCGGCCUCGCUAUCAGCUGUUCCACAAUAGGCAAGACGCUAUACACCUGGAUAGAAGAUACUGUCGAGGUCGACGAGAAUGUCUCCAACUUGUUGGAGGAGGUCUCGAUUCUGUCGCGAGUCCUAGACUCCGUCAGCAACGCCUCAGGCCGGGUCCCGCAAGCUGUUGUAGCCGAGAUCGAUCCUGGUAAUGCCCUCUGGGGUAGGAUUAGUGCCACCCUUGAUGAUAUCAAGAACACGUUCAACAAGCUCAACCAGCUAAUGGCUGAGCUUGAGAAAACAAACCGCUUUAGCCGAGGGAUCUUGCGCAAGCCAACCAAGCAAAUCAAGUUUAGCCUGCGGUCUAAAGAUAUCACUAUUUAUAAGGCCAGAAUCAAGUCAUGUAACACUGCAAUGACUAGUGCUUUUCAGAUGAUCAAUGUAUGCCUCCUAAUCCACAGUAAUUCCUCUCAAGAGUCGGUGUUCAAGGCCCUCUCCGGAAUUAAGUCCCAGCUGAGGUAUGUUGAGGUUGCUCUGCAUACAAAUAGCUCCGCAAACCCAGGCCCUUCCAGUGGACGCGAAGAGGACGAUCGGGCCACCCAAAACCUGCGACAGUUUGUUCAGGUGGCAGAGAACUUCCAUUCAAGCGCCAGUACCAUUUUGAGAGAGGGCCCUAGGUCCACUGUCUGGGGAGGAAGUAUCUUGGGCGAUCCUUUGACAGAAGCACAAACAUCAAUGAUCGAGAGAUGGAUACCUCCGCCCGUUAACGAAGAGCCACGUUCUCCUAUCGACACCGACUCGGACAGCGAGACUGAGUUUGCUAGAAGGAUCGAAGAACUAGCGGUCAAGAAUGAGGCGGAUGGUGAUCACGCAAAGGCAGAACAGUUCUACAGGGGUGCCAUCGAGCAUGGCGAAUCGAGUUCGAGACCUGUAAACGACAUGACUACUAUGGAGAUACGACUAGCAUAUGCAUGCAUGCGGCAGGAAAAGUGGACAGAAGCAGACGAGAUAAUAUCUCCAAUCGCGUUUGAGAGAAAGACAAAUGAUGUACUCGUGUAUCAUGGCAUGCACGCCUUGGCCCUUGCUUAUCUUGAUGACUCCAGGCUUGAGGAAGCCGAAAAGUUUUGCAAGCGUGCUCUUUGGGGUAAGAGAAAAGUUCUCGGCAAGGAUCAUUGGAGGUGCUGGGAGACCCUGAGUUUGCUUGUGCAUAUCUGCACAGCGAGUAACAAGAUGAUGGAAGUAGAGGUCCAUCAAAGCUUUAUCCCUAGCCACGCGACUAUUGCGACUGAUCAAGGAGCCUUGGCCUAUCUGGAUCGCUCGGUUGGGAGCUUGAAUAGACCAAGUCACGAUAGUGACGCGGUCUCACAAAGUCGGGCAGCCAUUAGACUUUGA